GGCGGAGAAGGAGAGAGCCAGUGUGGAGCAGCAGUGUCAGCAACACUCUUCAUCCUGGAGGGAACGGACCAAUCAGGACAGCCAUAUUUCAGCCCCGCCCCUCGGGUCCAGGAAGUAUGUCAGGCGGUGGAUGAGUUCAUCUAUGUGGCCAAUGCAGAGCCAGGAAGAUGUAACAUCAAGACUCCAAUACAUUCCUCAUACUUGCUCCUAUUGCUAGGGCCUUGUUGCUAGCCAGAUAAUCUUGUCAAGCAGACUGACUGCUGUGCUCAUAGAAUGUGAGCUAUCGCAGGAUCAGGCUGGUUCCACCAGGCUACCUUCCAGGACCAGAGCCAGGGAAAGUUGAGACCAAGGCCCCAUUCCAUAAUAUCGCCUGCAUCUGCAACCCUAAGGCCUCAUUGCCUCUUUCCUGCAGGCGUUUUGGUCAUUUAGCAGAUGCUCACUCUGCAUUUGUGACACACAAUGUAAUGGUGAUAUGCUGUAUUCCAAUCUAAUUUUGUAUUAUUGUAUGUGUCUGUAUCUGUCAAGCCGCACAUUAGAAAUGAUGCAGUAGUUUAUGGCAACAUCUCUACAAAUCUACCCUGUCAAAAUAUCACCCUAGUAUGUCUGUCUCCUAUUAGGUGGUGAGGGGGAGGAGGAGAAGGCGUCUCAGAUCCAGGCGUUAGUGGACCCUGCCUGGGGUUCGUCCUCCAGAACCCUCCUGGUCCUGACCUGUGUGUCCAAAGAGGAACCAGACCCAAUCAGAACCACUAGUCCCAGUACUGCCAGAUCAAGGAUCAGGACCCCUUGUGUGAAUAUGGCACAGAGACUCUGCCUGUCCCUGCUGCCCAACCCCUGGAUGGUGAGUCUGUCUGUCUGUCUAUGGUCUAUGUAGUCUCUGACUGUCUGUCUGAGUAGUUAGUAUGUAUGUUUGUCUGUCUGUGUAGUCUCUGUCUGUCUGUCUGUCUGUCUUGGACGGGAUCUCCUGUCUGCUGGGGUGCUCUGGUCUCAGGCUGUAGCUAGCUGUCUAAGGAUCCUGUCUGCUGGGGUGCUGUGGUCUCAGGCUGUAGCUAGCUGUCAAAUGAUCCUGUCUGCUGGGGUGCUGUGGUCUCAGGCUGUAGCUAGCUGUCUAAGGAUCCUGUCUGCUGGGGUGCUGUGGUCUCAGGCUGUAGCUAGCUGUCUAAGGAUCCUGUCUGCUGUGGUGCUGUGGUCUCAGGCUGUAGCUAGCUGUCUAAGGAUCCUGUCUGCUGGGGUGCUGUGGUCUCAGGCUGUAGCUAGCUGUCAAAGGAUCCUGUCUGCUGGGGUGCUGUGGUCUCAGGCUGUAGCUAGCUGUCAAAGGAUCCUGUCUGCUGGGGUGCUGUGGUCUCAGGCUGUAGCUAGCUGUCUAAGGAUCCUGUCUGCUGUGGUGCUGUGGGCUCAGGCUGUAGCUAGCUGUCUAAGGAUCCUGUCUGCUGGGGUGCUGUGGUCUCAGGCUGUAGCUAGCUGUCUAAGGAUCCUGUCUGCUGUGGUGCUGUGGGCUCAGGCUGUAGCUAGCUGUCUAAGGAUCCUGUCUGCUGGGGUGCUGUGGUCUCAGGCUGUAGCUAGCUGUCAAAGGAUCCUGUCUGCUGGGGUGCUGUGGUCUCAGGCUGUAGCUAGCUGUCAAAGGAUCCUGUCUGCUGUGGUGCUGUGGUCUCAGGCUGUAGCUAGCUGUCUAAGGAUCCUGUCUGCUGUGGUGCUGUGGUCUCAGGCUGUAGCUAGUUGUCAAAGGAUCCUGUCUGCUGUGGUGCUGUGGUCUCAGGCUGUAGCUAGCUGUCAAAGGAUCCUGUCUGCUGUGGUGCUGUGGUCUCAGGCUGUAGCUAGCUGUCUAAGGAUCCUGUCUGCUGUGGUGCUGUGGUCUCAGGCUGUAGCUAGCUGUCUAAGGAACUAUCUUCAGGACCUAAACAACACAAUACAGAACUAG